AUGGCCGAUAAUUUAACUGAUGUUAUGCGUCGUGAGCAGAACUUAACUAAUAAUAAUUCAAGUACUAGACCUUCAUCACUUUCACGUUUACUUUCACGAAAAAUAUUGGAUAACAAUAGUAGCAAUCAUCAACAUCAAAAAUCAAUAGAUUACUAUAAUGAUGUAUUAUCUUUAAAUCCUCUACGUACUUCGAAAUCAUUAUAUAAUGGUAUAAAUUUAGAUACAUCUUAUGAUACUGAUGGAGCAGUAGCAAGAUCUCGAAAUAUAUCAAAACAUCAUUUUCAUAAUAGUGAUAAUUAUGAAUUUUUAGUCUCACCAAGACUACCUGUACGACGAUCCCUAAAAAAUUCAUCAAAACAAGUACCAAUUGGUUCAUUUCAACAACGAUUAUCUGACAAAGUUCGUCUUACUACUGAUUCAUCUCUUGAUAACACUCAACGUGAUUAUGAUAGAGAUGAAGAUUUAAACUAUGACAAUGAUAGACAUCGUCGACAUAGUCGUCCUAAUCGUCGUAUUCAUCAAUCAUCUAUGCCUAGUGAAAAUGAUGAAGUGCAUGAUGUUCAUUUAGCUGUAUUACCACAACAUGUUAGAUCAUUUGCUACUAUUCCUUCAGUAAAACCAUUACGAAUUAUUUUCAUCCGUCAUGGUGAACGAGCCAAUCAAGCACUUGGUUCAGAUUGGUUUAAUAAAGCUUUUCGUACACAUACAUAUAGAGCUUAUGAUCCAAAUUUACCAUUUAUUUUACCCAAAAGACGUUUUAAUCAAGCAUAUGAAUUUGAUGUACCAUUAACAGUGCAUGGUUUACAAACUGCUCGUCUUACUGGACAUAUUCUAAUGAAUAAUAAGCUUGUAGCUGAUAUUUGUCUUUCAUCAACAGCUCUUCGUUGUAUACAAACAUGUGAACGUAUUCUAACAGGUAUGGAACGUCGUGAUCGUAUUCCAAUUCGUAUUGAACCUGGCCUAUUCGAAUGUCCACAUUUUAAUCAUAAAAUAGUCAAUAGUUUUAUGACAAAAAAAGAAUUAAUGGAAAAUCGAUAUAAUAUUAAACAUGAAUAUAAACCAAUUAUUUCAAAAGUAAUUGUACCAGAAACAUUAGAUGAAUAUUUUGAAAGAAGUGCUACAGUUAUGCGUGAAAUUAUUGAUAGAUAUAGUACUUAUGGUGGUACAAUACUUAUUGUUACACAUGCACCAGGUUUAUUAGCAUUGACUAGUGCAAUAAAGGGUUUAAGACCAAAUACAGAAAAAUUUUAUCGUACUGUAUCAACAUAUCCACCAUUAGCAAUAUAUCUUGCUGAAUAUGAUGGAUCACGAUGGAAAUAUUCGGAUCAACCGUUUAAUGUUAUUUCGAAUGAGUAA